CGCCGAAGCAGAGGGGGAAACCAAGCAAACCCCAAACAGGUUAACCGGAGUGUAAAUCUAACCGUAUGGGUUAGCAAAGCUCUUUUGAUUCGUUGAUUGUUUUCCUGCUCCCCUUUUCAGAGCAGUCUCUGGCAGACAGAGGGAGAAAGGGAACUUGUUACUUUUUUAAAAAUCCCACAAAGCUCUGGGCCUGGCCCCAGCAGUAGAAGAUGAGACCUCACAGGAAAAGAGGAGCAGAAGACUUAGCAAAUGUAUGUGACAGUCAUUUUAGGAUGUCCCCAGAUACCUUGUCACUCAGACCUUUCCUCUCCCCCUCCCAUAAUUCGAAACAGAUAUAACAGGGCAGCCACUGGAAGGCUCUCAGUCAGUCAAUAAAUAUUUAUUAAGAGCCUACUAUGUGUCAGGCACUAUGCUAAGGGAUGGAAAUACAAAGUAAAGCUGAAAGAGGCAAAACAAAAGACAAAAACCAGUCCCUGAUCUCAAGGAGCUCAAGUUAAUAGGAGAGAUGGCAUGUGGACAAUUAUUUAUCAAGUUAUAUACUGGAUAAACUGGAAGUAAUCAAGAAAGACAAGGCACUAGAAUUAAGGGCAAUUGAGGAAAGCUUCCUCUAGGUGAGGUUUUAGCCAGGACGUGGAAGUCAUUAGCGAUCAGCUCUGGGCAAACAGAGAAGACAGGUUUUGGAAAAGAGGAGACUGUCAUUUUAGUCGUUUCCUUCCGUGUUACUAAUGUAAAGUAAAAAAGGAAGCAGCAGACUGAAUUGGGAAAUGGUGGCUGGGAGUCUGUCUAAAGCAGAUUUUUGUGGCAUGAUAGAUAACUACCACGCCGAGAGCCGGGUAUCAUUUCUCCUCGAUGGCCACACUCAGAUGCCCUAUUUCAGCCAUCGCUCUCUGCAUAAACGGGUAAACAAAUGCACAGGCGAUGGAUAUUUCCUUGAAUCCCCUGCAAACAGAACCCAGGAGCCUGCCGCCAAAGUUGUGGGCAUGACCCGGCAGGCUGACCUCCGUCUAAACAUUUGGGGCUACAAUCUAACUGACAGCUUUCUUUCGAAAAUCCCGCCUCGCAGGCUGGGUCGGCCCUUUUUAUGCUCCUCACAGGGCUCUCUGAGCUCUCGUGACGAGAGCCUGGACUCUGUGGGGAGCCUGGGAAAAGAGAGUGUCGGAGAAAGAGGGCUUCUGAGCGCCCGUACCGGCCUACCCCGGCCCGGGGCUGUUGCCGGGGUGCCCUGUGGGUAGGACGAGCAGGUGCGACCACGAGACGGCCAACCUGAAGGUCUCUCCCCAGUCCAGAGACCCAAAUGGAUUUUCCUUGGAAGCAGGUGGCUAUAAUUAGUUACAUAUCACACAACCCCAUCUUCUGCCGGGAAGUUCUUUCAGAUCCGACUUCUUCUUUUCUCCCCUUCCUUCCGUUUCUCCCUUCGGGUUGGGUUCCCGGUCUUCCUGGGGCGGUGGCAGAAUUUCCUGAGGGAACACGGCCUCGAGAGGGGGAGGGAGGCAGCCCGGAUUACGAGGCUAAGUGGAUGGAAGGCACCGGGGCUUCUGGGACCUCCAACCCUGACUAGGGAGGGGGAAAGAGAAGGAGAAAAAGAAAUAACGCCUAAACUCUCUUCCGGCAUGAACGUGCCCAGGCUGGCUACGACAUUCGGAAGUGUCAGCUGGGUGUAUGUGUGCUGGGCUGGGAACAGAAGGUGCGGCGGAGAGAAGAAACAGGCAGGGCCAGAGGAAGCCACGGCUGUCUUCAGCCACCUGCCAUUUCCCUCCUUUCCCCCCUCGACACUUCACGAGAGGCGAGCUGUAGGGAGCCCAGCUGAGCCUCCUUAGGCUCUGAUGCGGCGGAUGGGGGACAAAUGGUUCUGCCCUAGUAGGGAAGAGAAGCUUUCCAGCGAGAUUGUUUGGACAGACUUCAUCUCUGUCUCUCUCUCUCUUUGUGCCUGCGACUCUCUUUGGACUCGGCCUAAGUCUGUGUCUCUCGGUAUACUCCGGACUGACUUUCCUGGAAAUUAGACGUGCCUUUAGACUGAUUCCAACCAUUCUCCCCCCGGAGCUUCCCUCCCUCCCCACCCGCCGCAUAGACACAUCCAUCCUAACAAUUACGAAAUAGGUCCAGAAAGAUUUCAAGUUGGAAACGUCCGAGGGAGCCAUUUCUCGGGACUUGUUCCUGGAAUUGAUGAAUGAAAUGAAAUUCGAAUCUGGUUCAGCUCCGAACUCCGUUUUCUGUUCUGUCUCCAGAAUCUGAGUAGUUUUCAAAUACAGCAGGCUAAAUCCGAAGUAUUAAGCUGAGAUGGAGAGGCCGUGGCGCAAAUGCAACCCAGAUCAGCUCAGCUCAAAAAAGAGAGCGUCCCCACCCUUCCCCCUAGAAGGCUGGCUGCAGUUUGUCAAACUUGUCUGGAAGACCUUUUCUGACCCCAUAGACAAGAGAUGCUUGCGAUUUCUUUUCCUUCUUGACAACUUGGGUUUCUUUGUCUUCUUUUCUUCUAAGGAACGUGAAAUGAAUCCGAAGGACUUCUCUUUUAAAAUAAUAGAAUAAGCCCUAUGAUUGCAGACACAUUGAAAUCGUUCUAAGAUUAUAGGAUGAAGUUUGAGGAAAAGCUAUUUUGAUGUGAUUUGUUGUUUAGGGAAUUUCCCAGAAAACCUCGGAAGAAUUUAGAAACCUGUUACUAAUAAUUAUCGGUGUUGAUAUCAUUCCUAUUAUUACCGCCACCUCUCCGACUUCUUAUUUGAACCCAAGUCACCUUCGUUGGGGGUGAGGGGAGGGGAGGUAGUCAUUUAACCUCAGAUUCCAGUAGAGAAAUACAUUGGCAAUCUCACGUCGAAAUCUCUCUUAAUUCUCUGUUGAUUGCUUCCCUUUUAAACUGCGAAUAAUUCGUUGUACAUUUCUGUUUGGGUAUUGUCUUUCCUCUUCUCCCAUCUCCCAAUCCCAAGUCCCGCUUAGACUGAGAUCUAGAGAGCAGUAAGUCUCUUUUGCUUUGCUUUUCAUUCUCAAUCCUGUGUACAGUGUCUGCAGCUGUGCUUAACACUUUUUUACUGAUUGGCUGAUUGACUGAGUAGUUAAAGUGCAGAAAUAAACUGGAAUUUCUCUGUGGUUUCCUUCAGAAGGCGAGGACCGUAAAGUGGGGGUUCCUGAGUCUCUGUUCCCACUUUCAGUCUGUGAAUUUGCCCGGCAGCCUGGAUUUCUGGGUUCCUUUCCUCUUUACCGUCUUGAGUCCAAUAAACAUCGGGCUGGAUUUAGGGAAGAGAAAAGGCGCAGUUUGGGGAGUGUAAUGAGCUCACAAAGCAACCAGCUGAGAAGCAGUCGUGUACAGAUCUUUAAAGAGGCAGCUAGUUGUGGCACAAAGGCACAGGCCAGUGGAACCCGCAUCUCUGUAGCUAUGGGCACGCACGGAGCUGUAGUUCUCAAUAAAAGCGGAGAAGGAGAAAAAAGACAUUCUUAACCGCUGAACACUUAAACAUUUUUGACUGAAUCCCCCUAGUUGCAUAGACCAGCUUAGAUUAGUGGGUUGUAAACUGGGGACUGCUUUUUCCUGAUCGGGGACUGGAUGACCCGCUCUCACGCCCGGGAAAGGGAUACAGAACGAGGAAUCCUCAGAGAUCCAAAUGAUAUGUACAUCCUUGGACUAAGGGAGUCCGUGGUGAGCUCCGAAAUUCGUUGCUGUGUUCCAGCUUUGGUCAGGUUUGGGAGACGCUUGGGGACAGCCGAGUCAGGUCGGACCACUGGACAAUGUAGCUAAAGAACUGGGAUCUCACUUGCUGCAGACUUUGGAUGGAUUUGUUUUUGUGGUGGCAUCUGAUGGCAAAAUAAUGUAUAUAUCUGAAACAGCGUCUGUACAUCUAGGCUUAUCCCAGGUGGAGCUCACUGGCAAUAGCAUUUAUGAGUAUAUCCAUCCUUCUGACCACGAUGAGAUGACAGCAGUUCUUGCUGCUCACCAGCCUCUUCAUCAUCAUCUCUUACAAGAGUAUGAAAUAGAGAGGUCAUUUUUCCUGAGGAUGAAGUGUGUCUUAGCAAAGAGGAAUGCAGGGCUGACAUGCAGCGGCUAUAAGGUCAUCCACUGCAGCGGCUAUCUGAAGAUCAGACAGUUCAUGCUGGACAUGUCCUUAUACGACUCCUGUUACCAAAUCGUGGGGUUGGUGGCUGUUGGGCAGUCUUUGCCUCCCAGUGCCAUCACAGAGAUCAAACUUCAUAGCAAUAUGUUCAUGUUUAGGGCAAGCCUGGACCUAAAAUUAAUAUUUCUGGAUUCCAGGGUGACUGAACUAACUGGCUACGAACCCCAGGAUUUAAUAGAGAAAACCCUCUACCAUCAUGUCCAUGGCUGUGAUAUGUUCUACUUACGUUAUGCUCAUCAUCUAUUGUUAGUGAAAGGUCAAGUCACAACCAAAUACUACAGACUAUUAUCCAAGCAUGGAGGCUGGGUAUGGGUACAGAGUUAUGCCACCAUUGUGCACAACAGCCGAUCAUCAAGACCUCACUGCAUAGUGAGUGUCAAUUAUGUCCUCACAGAUAUUGAAUACAAGGAAAUACAAUUGUCAUUGGAUCAAGUCACCUCUUCCAAAUCUCAGUAUUCCUGUAGGAGUUCAAUGUCUACCUCUCAAGAACCUAGGAAAAUAGCUAAAUCCAAAAGUAACAAGAUGAAGACAAAAGUCAGAACAAACCCAUACCUACCGCAGCAAUAUGACUCUUUCCAAAUGGACAAAUCAGAAUGUGGCCAGGUUGGAAACUGGAGAGCAAGUUCAACAACAAAUGCUACGAAUACUCAAGAACAAAACUUUUAUUCAGAAAACAGUGAACUACUAUAUGCUCCAUCCUAUAGCUUGCCUUUCUCUUACCAUUAUGGACCUUUUCCUAUAGAUUCCCAUGUAUUCAGGAGCAAAAGACAAAUGCUGUCUUCAAAAUUUGGGCAGUCUCAAGGGUCCCCAUGUGAAGUGGCACGUUUUUUCUUGAGCACAUUGCAAACCAGUGGAGAGUGCCAGUGGCAUUAUGCCAAUCCCUUAGUACCUAACAGCCAAUCUCCAGCUAAAAAUCUUCCUGACCAGCCAAUGAAUAUCACACAACACAACCUGGCACCCAAUUACGAAGUGCCCAUAUCAGCCCAAAGAUACCAUGAAGACGCCCUGUCUGACAGCUUCACCAGCUGCGCCACAGCCAUCCCUCCCAGCCAGCAGAAGAAGGACAUUUAUGAUUCCAGCAUUGGGAAAUCCAACAAAGUCGAGAGCAGGAUGCAGCCGGCCCACCAUCUCAUCAAGGAAGAAAGCAAGUUCGUUUUCAACAGGGACCUACCUGGAAAAAUGAGUGCCAAUGAAAAGCCCUCCUUGAACUGUGUGCCAAACUCCCUCCUGCCUAAAUCAGACUGUUUCCAGUCUAAGACCUUCGGACAGCUAAGCCAUCUUCUGCCGGUGCCAGCUCUGUACGAACAGACGAGGAUCUACAGGAAGGAGCCCAAGUACGGGCCCCCUGGACGCCACAGCCCUCCUUCAGACCAGCCAGAAGGCAGUGCCGUAAUGGCGGCAAGGGUAGCCCAUGGCUCGGAGAACGAACACAUGAUGGAUGUGCAGCCCGCGGGGCAAGUUCCCUUCGUACUUCUGAACUACCACCACCUGUUAUCCAAACACGGGACGUUCCAGCCUUCCUCCUGCACAGCCACCAGACAUGUGGCCGAAAAUUAUGGAUCUGGUUCAGAGGAGGUAAACCCAUUUAUUUCAAAAACCCCCAGUCUAUCCUCAGUGUCACCCCCAGAGAGCCACAGGGAAACCGAGCUCUGCCAUUAUAUUGGAACUUCUGUAAUAAUCAACUCAAGGUGACAAUAACAGAAAUGGGCCCCUUUAUGGAAAGCCAACUGGAAUCCUCUCCAAAGAAAGCACAAGACAACAUGGUUACACUUACCAAGCAGGGCAGGAAGGUCAAUGAGGGACAAACUGGCGUGUGUUCUUGGCAAACCGUGUGUAACAGUACCUCGGAGGUCAGAGAAAAGCCCUGAAGAUUCGGUGUAGCAUUCCUAUGACCCGAUCUCUGGUACAGAAUGCUAAUGAGACGCCAUCUGCCACAUCUCAUUAUUUUGGAGCGUCAAACAGAUUUAAGAGGCAAGGACUAGGGAUGCAUAGAUUUAAAUUAUCUUAUACAGAGAUGACUAUUUUGAUUCAAAAAUAUAUUUUAGAUUUUUACCAUCCAAAUUUCAUAAACUAGGAAUGCAGAAUGAAAACUAUAAAAAGAUUCUGGUAGGUAUUCAGGAAAAUGUUCCAUCUCCAGCUGUGUCAUUCCUUUUCUCCUCCCGUCUCAUCCACUAAAACAAAAUAAGAAUAAAAUAGCCUGCUAGGCAGCCCUGGUUUUACUUUCAAAGGGAUAUCUACCCCAAGUAUGACUUUAAAAUCUCCGAUCACUCUACCUUGAUGGACCAAGUUAAUCUGUCUCAGCCUUAGUUUCCUUACCUGUAAAAUCAGGGGCUUGGACAAAAAGUCUUUUCCUACUCUAAAUCUUAUAUUUAAGAUUUCGAUUCUCUUCCUCUGAAAUCAAGCUGUAGCCUCAAUUUAGGGAACACGGACAAAGUCCAUGGCCAAUAAAUACUUCAAGUAACGUUUGUUCACUUCUGAACAUCCUUCAACCAUAGACUGUGGGAGCAUCACUUUUGUAUUAUCCUACUAAAAUGAAAGUCCUAAAAGAACAACUUGCACAUACUCGCGAUCUGCCCCUAGGAUGGACACUAGAGCUGUGAUUUGACUGGUUAGAGAGUUGUUUGGAGUCCUGGGCAGGAAAGUGCUCCGAGGGACAAGGCUUGAACCAGACCUUCCUAGGUGUUCUCUAAAGAGCCAGCUUGCCUUUCGUGGCCUAUACUUGGAAAAAAUAGAAUCUGGCUAAAAGAAAAACGAACGCUGAUUUCACUGCUCCCAGGAGUAAGUGGCCAUCCUCAUCGAAGAACACAGAGCAGAAGGUGCUUCCUUUCUGGUGCCAACAUUUUGUCAAGACGAUGUAAUUCUAUUUUGUGGUGGUUGUAUUUCUCAAGAUGAAAAAGGUCUUCUUUUCUUUCGACUCUCAACAAUCUAUGAAUUCAUGGUAACAAAAUGAAUGAUAGAAGCAGAACUGAAGAGGCAUUAUGUGAAAAAUAAAGUGGGUUUUGAGAAGAAUGUAUAGUUGGCCUCCAAAACAAAAAUCUGUCAGCCCCGCCAAGUGUGAAUACAUGGCAAAACUUGGAAUUUGGCAUACAGAACUAGUACGUGCAGCCCUGAUACAAUUAAUUGAAUUUCAUGUGCAAUAUGGAAAAUCAUCACUCAUCAAUUCACUUUGUUCAAUAAAAAUGAUUUCAAAGCAUGGAGUGAAAAUAAUGUAUACCUUUUCUUGAAUUUUAUACAUAGCAAGCAAAAUGCAUUCAUCUUUGACUAUUUACCUGAACAGUAGCUUCUAUAGCAAAUAAAACAAAAUAACCAACACACACGUGUCUAUUUAUACACACACAUUGCUGAAAGGCAAUUUCAGCUAAUUUAUUUCAGCACUUGUCCCCCCUACUCAUUCUUACCCACUUUCUCCCAAUGCUCAUAACUACCAACAUGGUGUUGUCCUUUUGGGUACAAAAUGGCGCACUUUCUGAUGUCUUUCACAAUGAUCCUUUAAAAAUAAAAGUCCUCUGUCCUGUGUUAUGGUGAUGAAAUGUUCUAGUGCCAUUAACAGAAUCAGUUACCAAUUUGUACAAUUUGGGACCAAUUUGUCUUUUAAGUGAAUUAAAAAAUUAGUGAUGCAAUAUAAUGUAAAUAAGGCAUGUGUCCACGUAACCAACGUUGUUCACAUCGCUAAGAAGCCGAUGGAGUCGCUGGUCUAUAACCCACUUAACUUGUACCUCAUUAGAAAUCCCAAGUCCAAGCAUACUCAAACCAGACUUUGUGCUUUGAGUAUUCUUGGGGCUUCAUCAUGAAAUGAUGAUUCCUCAAAGGUUUAGAGAGGAACUAUUAUCAGAUAUUUAAAUGCCACUUUUGUGACUCUCCUGUCAUUGCUGGAUUCAGGAAGCAUGAAAUCAUGGAGGGCCUUUUUUGUCAUUUGUUUUUAGAAAAUGUUUAGCUUAUACAAGGAAUUCUAU